AUGUGUGAAUCUCAAUGGGACGUUCUGGCUGAAAUUCACUUGAAAAAGCAUGACUAUUUAGAAGAAAUAACAUGUAUUUGCAGCAGAGUUUUCAUAAGAACAAAGUUUCCCAACUAUCGUAGCUUAUCAAUUGAGCAAAGCCUCUCGGAUGACGAAAAAUUAAAUGAGGAACAUUCUGACCCCAUUGAAGACGAAACCAAUCUUCAGAAAAGUGUAAAUGAAUCAUUAAAAUCUAUCGAACAAGAGACUGUCAGCUGCUAUUGCAGCGCCUCACAUACCGACAAUCUAUCGACCGACGAACACGACAGUUUCAAGGAAACCAAAGACGUUUCUUCGGUUUCCAAAAUUCAUCAGAGCGACAGCGGCACAGAUCUGACCGAACGAUCGUGUCAGACCACCGACGAGGAUUGGAAUAAAUUCUGGUCUGUCCACGGCGAGAAACUAAUUUGGGAAUCCUGGAUAGAUAAAUACAGUGCCUACAUCAACCCCGAGUAUUUUAGUUUUAAUUCGAAAAAGUGCGAAGAAGAAAAUAGUUUGACAGUACUGGAGGAACAAACACGAAAAAACCCUACCAGUUUCAAUUUUGAAGAUAUUGAAGUUGAAACGUUCAACUCUGAUUGCCAACUAGCAGAAAAACAAUCUGAAAAUAAAGAACACGCCAAAAAACACUUAUUGUUUAGAAAUCUAUCUGGCAGUGACGAGAAAAUUUGUACUGACGUCUCUGAAGGGUGGAACCCUCUGUCACCUAUCAGCGUAGACGGAGAAACUGAAGUUGAACGAUUACUGGGUUCGAGGUGUAGUAGUUCCCUGAAAACAAUUGAUUCUAUGACAAACGUCACUCGUAUGACAGUCUCCUCUAUCAACUUGAGCAACAGCACUUCCAGUUCUGAUAGUUUUUCCUCCGUAAGUUCGGUGAAUAGUUCCGUGAGUUCCGAGGAAUCGGAAGAGGAUUACCAAAAUCAGUGGAAUUUGUUGUGGAAAAAACACUACGAAGACGAAUAUUUACAGCAGUACGAAAAGUUUCUUGUUUCUAUAACGAUCAUAGAUUUAACAGUAAAAACUGAUUCACACCGAAAACUUCAAAUCAAGCAACCAAAACUAAAAGGUGUUAAAAACUCGGGUACGACCACUUCACAAGAAGUCCUCUCUAAUCCAGGAUCCUUAAAUGUUCUAAUGGAGAGUCUGAACAUGGAGGAUGAACCAAAAUAUAAAACUUCUGAAGAAGAAACUGGUGAAAGUAAUACAGUUCAGAGUGAAAUGAUAGCAAUGGGUUUACCUUUAGCAUUUGGCAACGCUGACAGUAAUAGAACCUCAAAGAAGAGCAUCGAUGUUGAAACUGAAUCACCUGGUAACUUCAAUAGCAACAGAAACCGAAUAAAAGCUGCUUUCAACCUUAUGGGCAUUGAGUUCCAGGAAAAAACUGAUGAAAUGAUGACUGGAAAGGUUGAUUACAAGAUGAAACACAUUCGUUUGCAAAAUAGGCAUCUGAAAAUUCGACCUGAAGCAAAAAAACCAAAGCAUGUCUAUUUUGAUGAUGAUGGGAAUAUCAUACCCAGUUAUGAUGAUACUGAAGAGCUAACGUGUCACAACGUCUUGUCAGAAAGCUCCGAUGACAAAAUGAGCUCUUGUGAAGAUGAACCGACUGUUUUGCCGGAAGAUAAGAGUGUAGAAGGAAGCCAAAUAACUAAGAAGCGAAAGAGGAAAAGAAAACAACCCGCCCUUCCGCCCGAAAUCAAGGAAAAUGUUAAACUAAGAAAGUAUUGGCACAAAAGGUUCUCUUUGUUCAGUAAAUUCGACCAAGGAAUAAAGUUGGACGAAGAAAGUUGGUAUUCUGUAACUCCAGAAAAAGUUGCCAAACAUGCUGCCGAAAGAUGUCAGUGUGACGUUAUCAUAGAUGCAUUUUGUGGAGCAGGCGGAAAUGCAAUACAAUUUGCAUUCACAUGUAAACGAGUUAUAGCUAUAGAUAUUGAUCCGAAAAAAAUUGAAAUAGCUCAAAACAACGCUGAAGUAUAUGGGGUGAGGAACAAAAUUGAUUUCAUAAUAGGUGACUUUCUGAAACUAGCCAGCAGUUUGAAAGGCAACGUAGUGUUUUUGAGUCCCCCGUGGGGAGGACCUUGCUAUUUAAACCAACCCGAAUAUGAUCUCGAAGAAAUGUUGCAACCCGUUCCAUUUUCUCAAUUGAUAGCAGCUGCAAGAAAAAUUACGCCGAAUGUCGCAGCAUUCUUACCUAGAAAUAGUAAUACCUUUGUGUUGGUAAAUGAGACCGGCCCCGGCGGCAAAGUGGAAAUAGAACAAGAUUUUAUCAACAAUAAACUCAUAGCAGUGACUGCUUAUUACAAUGAUUUGAUUAAGGAAAAGUAG